UCCACUCUAUAUUCCAACUUCUCCGCCUGCCUCGCUUCUACCCUCUUUCCAAUCGACGAUGAGACCCCUAGCCCUUCUCUUCUUCCUCUCCCUCCUCCUCUUGCCGCUUUUCGCCGUCGCCGGAGACUGCGAGUGCUCCCCCGAUGACGAGGGCCGCAACAAAUCCAAAGCCCGGCCGCUCAAAAUCGCCGCCUUCUUCUCCAUCCUCAUCUGCGGCGCCAUCGGCGUCUGCCUCCCGAUCUUGAGCAAAUCCAUCCCCGCUCUCAGUCCGGAGAACGAUAUCUUUUUCGUGAUCAAAGCCUUCGCCGCCGGCGUCAUACUCGCCACGGGCUUCAUCCACAUACUUCCGGACGCUUUCGAAAACCUGACCUCCCCGUGCCUCAGUGACGACCCAUGGGGGAAGUUUCCGUUCGCCGGAUUCGGUGCCAUGAUUGGUGCCCUCGGGACGCUGAUGGUGGAUACUCUGGCGACGAGCUAUUUUAGCCGGUCGGCGAGGGCGGUGAACGAUGAGGCUAACAAAGGGGAUGCGGAGAUGAAUCGCCCCGCGGGAGAUGCUGUGAUCCACGUCCACGCCACCCACGGGCAUGCUCAUGGCCCCGCCGUCGAUGGCUCCGAUAAGCUCGUGCGCCAUCGCGUCAUCUCCCAGGUACUGGAGUUGGGCAUCGUGGUCCAUUCGGUGAUAAUUGGGAUAUCUCUUGGUGCAUCAGAUAGUCCCUCUACCAUAAGGCCCCUGGUAGCUGCUUUGAGCUUUCAUCAGUUCUUCGAGGGCAUGGGGCUUGGGGGAUGUAUUGCUCAGGCAAAAUUUAAAACCAUGUCAGUGGCAACGAUGAUACUCUUCUUCUCGCUCACCACUCCUGUUGGAAUAGCAAUAGGUUUUGGAAUAUCAUCUGUUUACAAUGAGAACAGUCCUACUGCUUUAAUUGUCGAAGGCAUUCUCAAUUCAGUAGCCGCAGGAAUUUUGAUCUACAUGGCUCUUGUUGACCUUCUAGCUGAAGAUUUUAUGAACCCAAGGGUACAGAGCAAGGGAAAGCUACAAUUUGCGAUAAAUGUCUCAUUGCUUAUAGGAGCAGGCUUAAUGUCUCUUCUUGCUAAAUGGGCUUAGAGAGAAUUGAAUAGAUGGGGAGCUGGAAGCAGAUCUGAUCAUAAAAUUUUUCUCCUAACUCCUUUCUUUCCCUCCUCCCACCCUCAAUUUAUGCUUCUUCCUUGAUAACAGGGGAUAUUUUCAUUUUUUUUUCCUCUCUUUUCAUGUGAAGCAAGAAGAUUGACGUCUUUAGUUUAAAAUAAAGGUGUUUAGACCAUUUGUGAAUGCUUGGUUUUGAGAUUUUACUAAUCUGAUAUGUACUUGCAAGAUGGAAACAUGCUUA